AUGAAUUCGGCAGAGAGUGGUUUACAUCGGCUUUUCAAAGCACAAGCGGCCAACACGCCGGACGACCCGGCAAUCGUCUUUCGGGGCGAGCGGACAUCCUACGCUCAGUUGGACCAGGCUACCGAUGCGUUGGGUGCCUAUCUUCUGGAUCGCGGUGUCUCAACGGAUGACCCGGUGGGCAUUUUCAUGGAGACCUGCCCGGAGUACAUCGUCGCCAGCAUUGGCACUUUGAAGGCGGGGGCCGCCUUCAUGCCCAUGGCCCUGGACUCGCCCGAACCUCAGCUCCGAGCCAUUUUGUCAGAAGCGCAGCCUAAGGUGGUGAUCACCCAGGCGCGGUACCUGUCCCGGUUGAAGCAGCUCACCGGAACGCAUGUAUUGCCUAUUGACAGCGGUCAGUCCUGGAGGGACUGCUAUGCCGCAACCUCUGGGGUAGAAGUUGCAAGCGACGACCCGGCCUUUCUGCCCUACACCUCCGGCACAACCGGGGACCCGAAGGGGGUGAUGCAGACCAGCGGCUCAGUCAUUUCGUCCUACUUCGCCAGGUACAAGUUCAGUUCUUAUGCCGUCGGGGACCGGGUCGCCUGCAACAUCUUCUUCCCGUGGGAGUUCCUCCGGCCGCUGCUCAAAGGAGGAACGGUGUACGUGAUUCCCGAUGACAUCGUAUUCCUUCCCAGGGCCCUCACCCAGUUUAUAGCGGAACACCAGAUUUCGGAGGUCCUGUUCACUCCGUCCCUGCUGCAGGGGAUCCUGAACUCAGCAGACCCUGAGCUCUUGCGCGACCGGCUGUCGUCGCUGAGAGUGGUAUGGCUGAACGGGGAGGUGGUGCCAACCAGCCUGUUGAAGCUGGCGUUGGACCUCUUCCCCAUUUCUGCCCGUGUUUUCAAUACCUACAGCAUCAGUGAGACUCACGACACCUGCACCAUUGAAUUGACGAAUUUGAGCACGGAAGGCAUGGACGCCUGCCCAGUGGGCCUACCGAUGGACGGCGUGACUGUCCGCGUACUCCCGGAAGGACUGCCCCCCCUGGCUCCAAGCGGGGUCGGCGAGUUGUACAUCGGCGGGCGCGGGCUUGCCCGGGGCUAUCUGAAGAGGCCCGACCUGGACGCAGAGAAGUUCGUCACUCUGGAUGGUGAGAGGUACUACGCGACCGGCGACCUGGCCGAGGUGGAUGCGCGGGGGAUGACAACAAUCGUUGGGCGAACCGAUUCGAUGGUCAAGAUCAGGGGUUACAGCGUUUACCUGGGCGCCAUCGAGGAAGCUUUGCGGAAGCACUGUGGCGUGGCCGAUGCAGCUGUGUUGGCUGAAACGCAAGAUGAAACCAACAAGCGGUUGGUGGCCUACGUGGUACGGGGCCCGCAGGCGACAUGGAAGGCGGACACCGCGAGCAGAACCAGCAGAGACCUGCGUACUGUGUUGGAGCGGUAUUUGCCUCCCUACAUGGUGCCCAGCCAUUUCGUAGAGAUGGAAGCGCUCCCGUUGAACCAGCAGACGGGAAAACUGGAUCGCAAGGCCUUGCCCGCGCUACGCGAAGGGGGGGCUGGCACCAAGAAGCCGGCGCAGAUACCGAAGCAUGCCACCGCAACAGAACGACGCACAGCCUUGCGGGAAGUAUGGAGCGAAGCCCUGGAUGUUGACAGCCAGUCCCUGCAGGACGACUGGAACUUCUUUGACCUUGGCGGUAAUUCGCUGACUGGCCUGGCCCUUACGCUGAGCAUCGAAGAGACGUUUGAGAUUGAACUCAGCGGUACUGAGGUCUACGAAUACCCGACCAUCAGUGAGCUGGCAGCAUACUUGGAACAUAGAGGGCCGAAUAUGGAAUCUAACAUUUCGCUCGCCGAAGACUCAAUACUGGCGCCGGACGUCGCGCCGAAAGGCGGCGCUCGGGUUGGCCGAUUGGGCGAAGCGUCGUCGGUGCUGAUCACCGGGGCAACCGGCUUCCUGGGGGCCUUUCUGCUUGAUGAACUGCUGCGCGCCACGGGCCGGGACACUCGUUUUUACUGCUUGGUCAGGGGACGAAAUACCGAACCGAGGACGUCCGCCAACCGAAUACUGGAGACCCAGAGGUUUUACGGGCUGGCUGGCCAGUCCAUGCAACACAGGAUCGUCUCUGUCCAUGGGGACCUUACCCAGCCCCGGAUGGGAUUGGAUGAUGAGGAGUAUCAGCGACUCUCGGACGAGAUAGACCUGAUAUUUCAUUGCGCCGCCUCCGUCAAUUACGCCUAUCCCUAUGCCGCAGCGAAGCUCCACACGGUGGGCGGGACGUUGGAGGUGCUGAAGUUCGCCUGCAACUCUACAACAAAGCCAAUCCAGUACAUUUCAUCCAACGGCGUUUUUCCCGGAGGAGACGACACUCCCUACCUGGAAAACAGUCAGAUUGACGACUUCGUCGACAGGAUGGAGGGAGGCUACAACCAAGCCAAAUGGGUUGCGGAACGGCUGGUGUGGUCGGCGGUUUCCCGGGGACUGCCGGUGUGCGUUUUCCGUCCGGGCAACAUAGGCCACCACAGCGGAACCGGCACGGUCAAUCCGAAUGACUUCCUUUCACUGAUCAUCAAGGCCUGCGCGCGACUCGGUUGCACUCCCAUGGUGCCGGACUGGUUCUUCGAGAUGACCCCCGUGGACUUUUUGGCGACCGCCAUCACGAGGAUUUCAGACGAUCCGGCGCAUCUGGGCAAGGUUUACAACGUGGUCCAACAGGACCCGGUCCCCGCCGACCAGGUCUUCGCUUACAUGGAGCGCCACGGAUACGCAACCGAACGUGUCCCAUUGGGGGAGUGGAAAUCACGGCUGGCAGCAAUGGCCGAGCGCGGGGAAGACAUGGAGAUGAGAGUCCUGGUUCACUCUCUGGACUCAGUCGAAUCGUACCUGUCUGAUACCAGCUCUUACGACAUCAGCCGGUUCGCGGAGGCGAUUGCCGGAUUUGGACUUACAAUGCCGCCAGUUGAUGUGGCCUACGUAACCAAGUUUCUGAGGACGUGA